AUGGCUGACGAGAAGCCGUCGGUCCUCAUCAUUGGCGGCCUGGGCUAUAUCGGCCGCUUCCUCGCCCAGCACAUCCACAAGAACAACCUUGCCUCAGAAGUCCGAAUCGUCGACAAGGUGUUGCCGCAGCUCGCCUGGCUGGCGCCCGAGUUUUCGGAAGCAUGCGCCCAGAGCAAGUUCAUGCAGGCCGACGCUAGCAAGCCGGAGGCUCUAGUUAAAGUCUUCGACCGACCCGACGGCAAGCAGUGGGACUAUGUUUUCAACUGUGGUGGCGAAACGCGAUACUCCCAGGAAGACGAGGUUUACAAGCUCAGGUCCCUGGACCUGUCCCUUGCCGUUGGCCAGGAGGCGGCCAAGCGCAAGGUCAAGGUCUUUGUCGAGCUAAGCACGGGCAUGGUCUACAAGCCGGAUUCUUCCCCCAGCAAGGAAGGGGACAAGUUGAAGCCAUGGAGCAAGAUUGCCAUCUUCAAGCUGCAGGCAGAGGAGGCAUUGGCCAAGAUCGAGGGGCUUAAUCUCGUCAUCGUCCGCCUACCCCAUGUGUACGGCCCGUACGCUUCUCAGUGGGUUGCGACAGCUCUAUGCAUGGCCCGCGUCUACCAGCACAUUGAGGGCGAGAUGAAGUGGCUGUGGUCUAAGGAUUUGCGAACCAACACGGCGCAUAUUCAUGACGUAUCCCGAGCCCUUUGGGACAUUGCCGCCUGGUACGACGCCGGCAAGCCCAACUGGAACGAGAGCGAGAUGGGCAAAGUGCCCAUCUUCAAUGUGGUGGACAAGGGCGCCACUACACAGGGCACCAUGGCCGACAUCAUCGGCGAAAUCUUCAAGAUCGAGACGGGCUUCCAAGGGCAGCUGAUCAGCACUUUUGCCAAGAUGAACCUCGACAGCGUUGUCGACGACGUCAACGACGAGAUUCUUGGACCCUGGGCUGAUUUGCUCUCCGACGCCGGCAUCACACGGCCAGGCCCGCUGACGCCCUUCAUGGAGAAGGAGCUUCUUAAGGACACGGACCUCAGCAUGGAUGGCAGCAGAUUGGAGAGCGUCGUGGGCUUCAAGUACGAGAAGCCUGUCAUCACCAAGGAGCUUGUUGAAGAGGUCAUUGAGAGCUACAAGCAGAUGAAGUGGUGGCCAUGAGGAGUGUCGAGCAGGACCCCACGUAACGCUUGAUGCGCGACACAUCCAAAGCAUGACUGAUUCGAUGCCGAUUACAUUUCGACACAUGAGCAUAUUUGAAAAGCAAGCGGCCGAUUGACGCCCACGCAGACGUCGUGGUUGAACAGCUUGCAGACGAGCGCGGGAUAGCCCUUGGAAGCAAGGAUACACCAGGCGUGGUGGAGAUUGGAUCUACGAAGAUGCCGAUUGAGGACCCGAAGGAGCCAGCAAACAACCUCUGGUCUUUUGUAUCAUUAGAUAUUCACACGGUUCCGAAAGAGUAGCACGAUAUCCGCCCGGGAGUUGAGUUCAACUACAGCUGCAGGGCUUGUCUUUUUUUUCUUUGUCCUUUUGUUCCCCCCCAUUUUCAUCUUACCAUAUACUUUUGCUUCUACUUCAUGUUUCUUAUUCGCUUCUGGAGGUUUACAAGGGCUGGUGGAAUGCGAAUAAUAGGAUGUGGUCUGUGGUCUGUUGCCUGUGGUUGGUGUGGCCUGGUUGCGAGUCUCCGUGGAGGCAUGCUG